GCAGCAGCAGCAGGAGCAAGUUACCCCCCUCCGACCUGUGAUUCUCACCAUUGUUGACGCCGAGAGAAGCAGCAAUGACCGCCUCUCUUGGCUUCGGCGGCAGCCAUGCCGCCAACAAUGGCAGUGCUACCGCCAGCACAAGUACGGAGCGACCUUCCAACGCCGCUUUAACGCAGAUGCUCGAUGAGCACGCCCUGGCACCGGCUUCCAUAAGCUCCCUCGAGGUCCAUGGCGCUACCAACACCAGAAAGAGCUUGCUUGACCACGUCUUCAAGCCUGUUCUCGAGGACACCGCGCCCGCCGGGACUACCAUGGGCCAAGUCCUCGACCGCGUUACCGCAGCCACGAAGAAGCUCACUCGGUUCGAUAUCUUCAAGGAGGAAGGCUUCGGCGUCUUUCUGUCCGAGGCCCCGCGCCCCGAAUCAGCGCCGCCGACCGACAGAACCGAGCUCGACGUCUCGAUCCGCGUGAAGGAGAAGUCGCGCCUGGUCUUCAGUGCCGGCACCGACUUUGGUAACACCGAAGGCUCUGCCUACACCAAUGCUGUGGCACGCAACAUUUUUGGCGGCGCCGAAACCCUCUCGGUCAACGCGAGUGCCGGAACCCGGACGAGAUCCGCCUACAACGCCACCCUCUCCGCCCCGGUCAACGGCAAUCCAGACCUGCGACUCUCCGCCGAAGCGCUGCGCUCGGUAACACAAAAGCCCUGGGCAUCACACGAAGAACAACUGACUGGGGGGAACCUCCGGCUUGCCUGGCUGUCGGAGAACAACGACACUCAUGCUCUGGCAUAUUCGACCGUUUGGAGGCAGCUGACCGGUCUGGCCGCCACAGCCUCGCCCACCGUCCGUGCUGAUGCUGGUGAUUCCCUCAAGAGCUCAAUAACGCACACCUUCACACGUGACCGCCGCGACAACCCGAUGCUGCCACAAAAUGGCUACUUGCUCCGCUCCAUUUCCGAACUGGCCGGCUGGGGCCCCCUGAGCGGCGACGUCUCCUUCGCCAAGACUGAAGUCGAAGCAUCUGGCGCGCUGCCCCUGCUGGCCAAGUCGGGCGUUUCCAUCGGCGGCGGCCUGCGUCUCGGCCUCCUGUACCCUCUGCCGUUGGGUUAUUCGCCCGCCGGCGCGGCCCAGCCGAGUCGGAUCAACGACCGCUUCCAACUCGGCGGCCCCACCGACGUCCGGGGCUUCAAGAUCGGCGGUGUUGGCCCGCACGACGGCGCCGACGCGGUUGGCGGAGACGUCUUCGCCGCGGGGGGCGUUAAUGCGCUCCUCCCGCUGCCCCGCACUGGACCGGACUCGCCGUUGAGGCUGCAGCUCUUUGCGAAUGCUGGGCGGUUGGUGGCGCUCAACAGCAAGGGCACAGGAAAGGAAGGGAGAGGGGGGCUGGCCAUGGACUCGGCGACCGUCUUCAAGGGCGUCACGUCGGCCGUCGGCGAGCUCGCAAACGGGCUGCCGAGUCUGGCUGCCGGUGUUGGGUUGGUCUAUGCCCACCCCGUGGCCCGCUUUGAGCUGAACUUUAGCCUGCCGCUUGUACUACGAAAGGGAGAGGAGGGGCGGAAGGGGUUGCAGGUUGGUGUGGGUAUCAACUUCUUGUAAUCCUUUAAUCGAUCUGCAUGAUGAGGCAUUAGAUCCAUUUGUAUAGAAUUGUAACAUUACGGUCUCACUUUUGUUUGCUCGAUGGUGCUACUCGACUCCAUCCCGCACCUGGUUCAGUUCAGACGCCAACCUCCAGGAACAUGAGGAAGAACUGGCGUCAUUGUAUUUCACAGCAGAGUAAACCAAAGGCAGUCACCACCAUCUUGUGGGCAAUGUGUGAAAAUGCCCAGCUACUACUUCAUAACAAGCAAGCCAGCUAUGAUGGGCGGUGAGGAAGUCCAGG